GUCUUUUGCUUGCAGUUUCUAGACACAGGGAAAAUACAUCCAGCUCUCGUCCUGGUUCUGGAAUGAUUUCCUUGGGUACCCAUACCCAUGCAUCUUGGAGUGGCAAGGAGGAAAAACUCAAGGUGGAAGUCCAAGCAAGUGUAUAAUAAUGGCAGCAGAUUCAAUGGAAAUCGAUGAUGCUUUAUAUAGUCGGCAGAGAUAUGUUCUUGGAGAUACAGCAAUGCACAAGAUGGCUCAGUCUCACGUAUUCCUGAGUGGAAUGGGCGGGCUUGGAGUGGAAAUUGCUAAGAACAUAGUUCUUGCAGGAAUAAAGGGUCUUACUAUCCAUGAUACCAAACAAUGCAAGACAUGGGAUUUAGGAACAAACUUCUUUGUUCAUGAAGAUGAUGUUCUAAAGCUAAGGAACAGAGCUGAAGCAGCACAUCAUCACAUUGCAGAGCUGAAUCCGUAUGUCCAAGUGAUGUCCUCAACUGAUCCAUUAAAUGAAAUCACUGAUAUUUCUUUUCUGAAACAGUAUCAGUGUGUCAUAGUAACUGAGAUGAAGAUGUCACUGCAGAAGAAGAUUAAUGCUUUUUGCCAUGCACAACACCCACCUAUUAAGUUUGUAAGUGCAGAUGUGUAUGGAAUAUGGGCACGUCUGUUUUGUGACUUCGGUGAUGAAUUUGAAGUCCUAGAUACCACAGGAGAGGAACCAAAAGAAAUCUUCAUUUCAAAUAUAUCUCAGUCCAGUUCUGGUAUCGUCACUUGCCUUGAUAAUAAUCCUCAUAAGCUUGAAACUGGACAGUUCGUAACUUUCCGGGAAAUCAAUGGAAUGUCGUCUUUAAAUGGAUCCACACAUCAGAUAACUGUGAUAUCACCUUACUCCUUCAGCAUUGGGAAUACUGCAGAUAUGGAACCUUAUUUGCAUGGUGGCAUAGCUGUCCAAGUAAAGACACCUAAAGUAUUUCAUUUUGAGCCACUGGAGAAACAGUUGUCUAAUCCAACCUAUCUUGUUGCUGACUUCAGCAAACCUGAGGCACCUUUGCAGAUUCAUAUUGCUAUGCUUGCCUUGAAUGAAUUCCAGGAGAGUUUUGCUCGCAUGCCAAACAUUGGAUGCCUUCAGGAUGCUGAGGAAAUGCUGAAGAUAGCCCUGUCCUUAAGCAAAACCGUGGAAGGCAAGCCUCAAGUAAAUAAAGACAUUGUGAAAUGGCUAUCGAGGAUGGCUCAGGGCUCUUUAGCCCCUCUCACAGCUGCACUUGGUGGUAUUGCUAGUCAGGAAGUCUUAAAAGCAGUGACAGGAAAAUUUUCUCCCCUGCAGCAAUGGCUGUAUAUUGAUGCAUUAGAAUUAGUCACAUUUCUAGAAAAGGCCCACGAUGAAGAAUUCCUUCCAAGGGGAGAUAGAUAUGAUGCCCUAAGAGUGUGCAUUGGAGACUCCUUGUGUCAGAAAUUAAAGAAUCUGAAUGUUUUCUUAGUUGGUUGUGGUGCAAUAGGCUGUGAAAUGUUAAAAAAUUUUGCACUCCUUGGGGUUGGUACAGGCCAAGAAAGGGGCAAGGUUGAAAUAACAGAUCCUGACUUAAUAGAAAAGUCCAACUUGAAUAGGCAGUUUCUUUUCCGGCCUCAUCACAUACAGAAACCCAAGAGUUGUACUGCAGCAGCAGCAACACGUAGUAUCAAUCCUGAGAUAAAGAUAGAUUCAUAUCUUAACAAAGUGUGCCCAGCUACUGAGAACAUAUACAAUGAUGAUUUCUACUCCAAGCAAGAUGUAAUUGUAACUGCAUUAGACAAUGUGGAAGCUAGGAGAUAUAUUGACAGUCGCUGCCUAGCAAGCUUGCGUCCUCUCUUAGAUUCUGGAACCAUGGGAACUAAAGGGCAUACAGAAAUCAUUGUGCCUCAUCUAACAGAAUCUUAUAAUAGUCAUCGAGAUCCACCUGAAGAAGAAAUACCAUUUUGCACGUUAAAAUCUUUUCCAGCUGCGACUGAACACACAAUACAGUGGGCAAGAGACAAGUUUGAAAGUGCUUUUUCACACAAACCUUCCCUGUUUAACAAGUUUUGGCAAACGUAUCCAUCAGCUGAAGAAGUGUUACAGAGAAUAAAGUCUGGAGAAAGUUUGGAAGGCUCUUUCCAAGUGAUUAAAUGCCUCAGUAGAAGACCAAGAAGGUGGUCCCAAUGUGUUGAAUUGGCAAGAUUAAAAUUUGAGAAGUACUUUAAUCAUAAGGCCCUCCAGUUACUGCAUUCAUUUCCCAUUGAUACACGAUUAAAAGAUGGCAGUUUGUUUUGGCAGUCACCAAAAAGGCCGCCUUUUCCAAUUCAGUUUGAUUUCAAUGAUUCUUUGCACUACAGUUUCAUACUGAGUACAGCAAAACUGUUUGCAGCAAUUUAUUGUAUCUCUUUUACAGAAAAGGAUGUAUCAAAAGAUACUAUUUUCAAGAUAAUUUCUGGGUUAAAGAUUCAAGAGUUUCGACCCUCUAACAAAGUUGUACAAACAGAUGAAGCAGUACGGAAACCAGAUCCUAUUCCUGUAAGCAGUGAGGAUGAAAGAAAUGCUCUUCUUCAAUUGGAGAGUGCCAUUUUAGCCAAUGAAGCUACAAAAAGUGACUUACAGAUGAAGGAACUUAGCUUUGAGAAGGAUGAUGACAGUAAUGGCCACAUAGACUUUAUAACAGCAGCUUCCAAUUUGCGUGCCAAAAUGUAUAAUAUUGAACCUGCAGAUAGACUGAAAACAAAACGUAUUGCUGGAAAAAUUAUCCCUGCUAUUGCAACUUCUACAGCAGCUGUAUCUGGCCUGGUUGCUUUGGAAUUGAUCAAAGUAGUUGGUGUCUACCCGUUUCAAGUAUAUAAGAACUGUUUUUUCAACUUGGCCAUUCCAAUAAUUGUCUUUACAGAAACAGCUGAAGUUAGAAAAACAGAAAUAAGAAAUGGGAUAUCUUUCACAAUCUGGGAUAGAUGGACUAUUUAUGGGAAAGAUGACUUCACACUGUUGGACUUCAUAAAUGCUGUCAAAGAAAAAUAUGGAAUUGAACCAACUAUGGUGGUCCAGGGAGUUAAAAUGUUGUAUGUUCCUGUAAUGCCUGGCCACGUUAAACGAUUAAAGCUGACGAUGCAAAAACUUGUGAAACCAGCAGUGAAUAAGAAAUAUGUGGACCUCACAGUAUCAUUUGCUCCAGAAAUAGAUGGUGAAGAAGACUUGCCAGGACCACCAGUUAGAUAUUAUUUUGCCCAUGAAAAUAACUGAUAAAGUUCUACCAUUUACAAUGUAGUAGGACUCUAUGAAAUGAAUGUGGCAGCAUCCCCUUUUUAUAAAUGAUACUAUAUACAAAGCCUUAAUUCAGAAUUGAACAGUGGAAGAUGGUGAGCUCUUCUAAGUAGCCCUGCAGCAAAAUAACUUGUAACAUUAUCAUAGUUACCUGUAUUUAAGGAAAUUUGAAGCUUGCUGGAAAACAUGGCUCUUUUUUGGAAGAAAAUAACUUUUAUUACUGUCUGUAAAAAGACCAGAAAGGCAAAUACAAAAUCUGCACUGAAAAAAGCUGAGCAUUAUGUGAGGCGGCAAUCAAGACUGGAGAAAUUGCACCACAUUCCAGCAGAUUAUUUUUUCUGCUGUUUUUCUCCACUGCGUCUUAGCCCUGAACCCAUACAUCCUAAUAAUGUUCCAUUACAAUCACAUAUUUAUCUUGUUUUUUGUUGUGUAAAAUGCAAAGCAGUUUUUUAAAAAAUGAAAUAGAUUAUAGUUAGGAAAAACAGCUUGAUGAAGUGGUGAUGUUGGUUUACUUUGUACUUACACCAGAAGCAGAAUACCAGAAGCAACAUUAUGUGAAAAAUUGCAGAUACUGUUGUAUUUAUUUCCUAAGUAUUUGAGUUUCAUGAGUCCUUUACAUAUUGUUGUAAAGAAUUGUGUAUACAGAAGACUGAUUUGGUCCUAACUGAAAAAGGAAUUAACACGCUUUUAGUGGAAAUGUGUUAUAUUUCUUUUAGAGAGUUUUGAAAUUUAAGUUUAGCUGGCAGUCACAUACAUACAUUACCCAUUACUAUACACUUGUUUUAAACUUCAACCAGUCUGAAGCAAAGAAAAUGUGGAUUUGAUCUUUCUUAAUAACAAAAGGGACAUAUAGGUGCAUACCACCAAUUUGUUGAUUUCCUUCCUGCAGACUCUAACCCUAAGUGUAUUAUUUUUGAAGUACUGGAGCUUGGCUUAGGAGAAUACUUGAGGGGAUAAUUGGUAGGAAAGUAAGCCUUGGUGGCAAAAAAUAGCCCCUCUUACUAAAACUUUUUUGUUGUUAAAGUUGGACCCACAAGCAGCAUCCCAUUGUUAUAUAAUUAGGAGCAGUUCAGAUUUGAAUAGCUUCAUACAUCCAGGAUGUUGAAUUGUCUUAUUGGCAAUCCCUUUGGCAGAGGAGUUUCUUAUUUUUAUGUAAGUCCCCUAGCUUUUGAAUGUUUUAUAUUGUUGCUAUAACUUAAGCUGAAAUCAGUAGGCGUAAACAAACUAGAGUUGUGAGUGGUUGUUGUCUUUUUUAUUUUUUAUUUGGCCACUUUUUGAUGUGGUGAUUCUGUAAAGUAUUUGAAUACAAGUAUGUUUCAGUUAUGAGUCUGACUGCAAAUAGUUUAGACAUCUAAAGUUAAAUAUAAGGUAUAUCAGCAGGGGACAAAGAGAAAUAACUUAGUUCAAUACUCCACAACCUAGGUAGCUUCAAGUAGUGUGGGCUUCAAGCUCCGGAAACCUCAGCAAUAGCCAUAUUGGCUAAGGAAAUCAGGGAGUUGAAAUCCUCACAUCUGAAGAGCACCCACAGUGAGAAAAACAGCUUUGGCUUUUAAUACUUUGUAUGAAAAGGCAGCGUGUUACAGAAGUAUAAUUAAUUCAUUUUUUGUUUCAUGUAUGUAGCCCUGAAUGAUUGAAUUGUUGCCCAUUAUAUAUUGUCCCAUCACUGCCUUUAUGGUCAUUGUGUAGAUUAUGACAACUUGUUCCUUGUUUCAGUAGACACUUAAGCACCAAAGAUUAAUUAUUCUGUGAGCUGCAACCCAUAGCAAACUUACUCCAACAUUUGGGAGUUACUCUUAACAUACAAUAACUCUUCAGAAAUUUUAUUGUACUUUCCCAAUUAAACAUUUUACAUUUUUCAGUAUGAAAUAGUUUUGGAGAAAGCAAAUUACUAUGUACUUAGAAAGACUUAAAAAUUAGGAGGCAAUAAAACAAGAUUUCAUGCAU